AUGCCACCAAAGCGGGGAAGCCGGGACUUGGCUGUCCCUGACAUAACGGACGAUGCGGCGGAGAGAAAGAGAGUGCUGAAUGUGCUAGCGCAGAGGAGAUAUCGAAAGCGAAAGAGAGAUCGCCUGCAGACCCUCCAGGCGCAGGUAGAGAAACAGGGAGAGGGAGCUGUGGAGGCGAUAGAUCACCAAACGGUCCUGACAGAAUCCGAAUCCCCAGACCUGCUGCCUCCUCUUCCAAACGGCGUAGAAAAAACGUCUUUCAAUGGUUUUGAUUUGUCUCAGCCACUGCUGGACCAAAGUGUGGAGGACUCUGCCAUUCAGGAUUCUCUGGACGUCUCUCAUCUCGGUCUCGCCGCGCCUGAUAUGGCACCAUCGCCGGGGUUCCUUUCACUCUUAUCGACGCAGGAUCCUUCGCAAGCCUUCCCCAUGCAGGGAAUUUCAAUGGAUGAUGAUCCUUUCACAUCCCAAGUUCCGAUGUCCCAUCCUCCAAGAGGAUUCGACCCUGACGGAAACCAGCUCUUCAAUUGGCCCGACGCUAACCUCUACGAUCCCGACAAUGCACACAACCUCUCAGACCAACUCCAGAUAUCUGAAUCAUCUACCUUUACCUUUCCAGAUGACCACACCAUAGAAAUCCCCUCUCUUAAGCUACUGAACGCUGCAAUGAAAGUUGCCCUCCGCCUCAACGUCGCCCACAUCCUCUGGGACCUUACAGCGGUUAGUCCCUUCUAUCAAGGCCCAGCAGAGAAAGACCAACAGCACUCAUCACCACCCUCUCUAACAUCCUCAUCCUCUUCUUCCUCAUCCUCUCCCACAUCAUCUAGCCUACCAUCCUCAUCAACACCAAACCCCACCCCCCAAGACACCAUCCCACCACACCUCCGGCCAACCCGCACCCAACUCAUCCUCCCGCACCAUCCCAUGCUCGACAUCCUCCCCUGGCCCAGCACGCGCGACAAACUAAUCCAAAUAUUCAAUCUCCCUCCGGCCCUGCGUCCGAAAUCCGCGCAGGACCCCAUCGGGAUGGUCCGGCUGGCGUAUGACAUGGAAGACGACGGCGGCGAGGGGAUUCGGAUUCACGGCGCAGAUGUGUUUGAGCCCGGAUCUUGGGAGAUCGGGCAGGUGGUGUUUGAGCGCUGGUGGUGGGCUUUUGAGGGUGGGUUGGUGGAGAAGUGUGAUCGUGCGAGGAAGGGGAGGGGGGAGGGGGGUUUGGUUGUGGGAGUUGUUGGGUAG